UGGAAUGAUGUUGUCGACAAAUGGAGUGGAACUGAAUCAGGGCCCAAUUGCCUUUAAGGACGUGGCUGUCAAUUUCUCCCUGGAGGAGUGGGUUCUCUUGAAUCCUGAUCAGAGAGUCUUGCACACACAGAUCAUGGAGGAGAUUCGUGGGAUUUUAGACUCUCUUGAAAAUGUCCAGCAAGAAAAGCCAUCAGGAGCAUUUCAUCGUAAAAGGAAGUUGCAGCAUUGCAAAGAAGAUGAAAAUCAAUCUAAAGCAUUGCAAAUGACCUCACCAUCAUGUGCAACAAGAAACACAGAGCCAACUAAAUUGACUGAAUCAGAUCAUGACGAUAACGACAAGAUACCAAUAUCUGAGCUUCCACCUGGACCAUCAGCAAGUCAAGACCAUCUUACAGUGACCACAGCAACACCAUUAGCACCUUCAAUUAUUGACCUAACUGGGACCGACACCGAAGAUGUGGAUGAUGAUUUAUUAGGAGAUGCAGUCCUGCCAUCUAGUCCGCAAACCAUUGAAACUGAAUUAAGCAUAGACCCAUUAUCGAUUUCAGAUGAUUGUGGAGAGUGGCCAUCUAAAAUAAAUGAUGUGGUACGGAAAAUACUUGUGAAACGAGGACCUCAGCAAGUCACUGACAAAGAUUUUCCUCGGGACGCUAAGCGUAGGAGAUUUACCUCAAAACAUUAUACAAGGGAGCUGCGCAACGGAAAGAAAGUCAACAGGAUUUGGCUACUAUAUUCUAAAUUGAAAAAUGCAGUUUUUUGUUUUGCUUGCAGAGUUUUUGGAAACGCGAAUUGUCAUCUUGCUAGUAGCCAAGGCUAUUCUGACUGGCAGAACUUGUCCAGGUUUUUGAUUAGUCAUGAGAAAUCCCAUACUCAUAUUACAAACUGUACAUCUUGGCAUGAACUCUCUGCACGUUUACGUUUAAACGAAACUAUUGAUGCUGAACAUGAAAGGCUUAUUCAUGCUGAAACUGAACAUUGGCAUCAAGUUCUGAAACGCUUACUAUGUGUAGUACAGUUUUUGGGGACUCAAGGAUUGGCAUUUCGGGGGGAAAAAGAUGCUCUAUUUGAACGUAAUAAUGGCAACUUUUUAAAAAUGGUAGAACAUAUAGCAAAGUUUGAUGCUUUUAUGGCUGAACAUCUGAGAAGAAUCACUUCCAAAGAAACACGCGUUCACUAUUUGAGCCAAAAUGUCCAGAACGAGUUUGUUAGUUUCUUGUCAGCCAAGAUCCAAGGUAAUAUUUUACAACAAUUACAUCAGGCAAAAUAUUAUUCUAUUAGAUUAGACUGCAUUCCCGAUGUUAGCCACACCGAACAAAUGACGUUGGUGGUAAAAUUCGUAAAAAUUGAAGCAAAUGAAGAUGUCUCAAUUAAGGAACAUUUUUUAGGCUUUGUUCCUAUUACCCAUUCUUCAGGUGAAGGUCUCACAGAAAUUUUACUCAAAGAGUUAGAGGCACGAGGCAUUCCUUUAAAAACCAUGAGAGGCCAGGGCUAUGACAAUGCUUCUGCAAUGAAGGGAAAGCAUGUUGGAGUCCAGAAGAGGAUCCUUGAGUUAAAUCCUAGAGCCUUUUAUGUACCAUGUGGAAACCACUCCCUGAACCUGGUCUUAAAUGAUGCAGCUCUGUCUUGCAGCGUUGCAGUAGACUGUUUCAGCACCAUACAAGAAAUCUUUAACUUUUUUUCAAGUUCUACUGAAAGAUGGAGUAUUUUGUCAAAGCAUGUUUCAAUUCUCAAAGUCAAACCACUCUGCAAUACUAGGUGGGAAAGUAAAAUCGAGGCAUUGUUACCUUUGAGGUUCCACAUUGAAGAAGUAUAUGAUGCCUUAUAUGAAGCUUCUCAAGAGCAGAAAUUUGGUGCAUUUGGUAGGAACACUGCUAUCACGCUUCUAAAGAAACUGAAAAGCUUCAAGUUUCUAUGCUGUUUAGUGACAUGGCAUGAGAUCCUACAUAAGAUAAAUAUGGUGAGUAAACGGUUGCAAAAAGUCACAAAUAAUCUUCAAAGUUCUAUGGAUCUUAUUAAGAGUGUACAAUCAUUUCUAGAAAAGAUGAGAUCUGAUGAAGGUCUAAAUAGUGUCAUUAAAGAUGCAAAGGAACUUGCAGAAAAAAUUGAUGUUGCUGCUGACUUUGAAAAAGAAACGCUAGUUCAACCAAGAAAAGUAAACGAGAGUGAAGAUGAAGCUGCACAUUCCAAUGAGAGUGAAGAUGAAGCUGCACAUUCCAGUAAGAGUGAAGAUGAAGCUGCACAUUCCAGUGAGAGUGAAGAUGAAGCUGCACAUUCCAGUGAGAGUGAAGAUGAAGCUGCACAUUCCAAUGAGAGUGAAGAUGAAGCCGUGCAUUCUGAUAAAGAUUUUUUUAAAGUCAACUUCUUCUUUGUUGUGCUUGACACAGCAAUAUCCUUAUUAAAGGAGAGAUGUGAGCUAAUGGAAAACCAUAGUGAAAGUUUCAAAUUUCUGUUUGACAUUUCAAGGCUUGGGAAAAGUUUGAAUGAAACAGAAUUGAAGAAUGACUGUCAACAUCUUCAAACUGCUUUGAGCGACGGAGAAGACUGCGAUGUGAAUGGUGAUGAUCUGUUUGAUGAGCUACAAAUAUUUGCACCUAUGCUGCCCCCUGGAAGCAACCCAGCUGAAGCCUUGUCUUUCCUAACCAAACGUGGUUAUGUGGAUACUUUCCCAAAUGUUUAUAUUGCAUUGAGAAUUCUGUUAACACUUCCAGUAUCCAUGGCUAGCGAUGAAAUGAGUUUUUCAAAAUUAAAACAUAUAAAAACAUAUUUAAAAUCCUCUUCGGGCCAAGAGUGCGUGAGUGAACUAGCAACCUUGGCCAUUGAAAAAGACUUGUUGGAUGAAAUGGAAACAGACUUACUAGUACGCGAGUUUUCAAAAUGGAAAGCUAGAAAAAUCUUUUUUUAAUUUUAAAGGUGUUCAAGUUAAUUUGUGUUAAGGCAAACGGGAUGUUAAAAUAUCCACUCAAGUGAAGGGGCCAGAGGCUAGCUAUGUUGCCACACUUAUUGCCCUGGGCCAGGCUGGCGUGGCACUUCUGAAGGACAAGAGUUUGCUUCCUUCAAAAGGAGGUGUCUAUUCUCAUGGGGCUGCAUUCUCCAAAACAAAACUGAUUGACAGACGCAACAAGCAUGCGAUUGAGUUGUCUGUUAUUAGCAAGCCCAAAGUCUGAAAAAUUUUCUGAAGACACAGCAUGAUCAGGAAACCUUUGUGUAGUACUUGUAGACCAAAAAUAAAAACAAAACUUAAAAUUGUUGCUAAGUUUAAAAAAAUGUUUGCACUCUUAAAAAAAAGUUAAUGUUGUUAAUUCUAUGUAAUGUAACUAUAUGAACAUAAUGAUGUAAAUAAACUUCUGGUUUGUAAGGUAA